CUUGCAGUAAGCCCAGCCGUUUUCUCUGCUGUCAGCCUUAUGGAACUGUCAACGUUUCUAUGUCGGCCAUAGCGAUGCGGACAGAAGCGGGGUCAUAAGCAACUGGGUGUUGGAUAAUGAUGCCUUUUCCCACCUGAAGAACUCAGAUGCAAAGACACCAUGGAUCCGCUCUCGGUCACCGCCAGCACCAUCGCUCUUAUCCAGGCAACGGUGGGAAUCGCAAAAGGUAUUCACUUCCUCCGCUCGUUAGGCCAGAUACCCCUCGAGUUUAGUGGGCUUUUAAACGAACUUUCCACCUUGCAGGCGGUAGCCGAACAGGUCAAGACGGUGCUUCAAGAGUUUGAUGGCCCGCCAUCGACCACGACUUCCCAUAUCCCUCUCGAAGGUCUCGAUCCCAGCAUCCUUGUUUCUUUAAAAGAUGACUUGGCCCAGACAACCAAGGAUUUGGAAGCCAUAUGCGAUCGGCUGAAAACACCUAAGAAACAGAGCGAAAAGCGAAAAGCUAACGACAAAGAGAAUAUUUCGAAGUGGAGAUGGCAAAGGGAGAAAGAUAACAUCGCGAAGCUUCAACGAAAAGCCAGACAGACUAGACAAGAUCUGAGUUUGUGCUUCUCAGCUUUUACUACAUCUCAGGCGCACCAGCAAACCAAGCUCACCAUCAACAUACAGGAAGCACUGUGUACCUCAAUGCAGAAUAUUUCCUUGCUUCAAGCUCAAUAUGAAUCGGUGCGGGAAGAAAACCAAGCGCUUCACAGGGAGCUUCAGGGCUCCAUCGCUCAGCUCAACCAAGGCCUAGCAGAGGCCGUCUCCAGACCUACAGCCGAUCACAUCGACACUGAACCCCAUCUCAAGAGAUCUACUUCGUGGCUAGUAGUGUACCUAAGCGCCUUUCUCGUUCCGGUUUGCUCGUCCCCUUGUAUGUGCAGUUGUCAUCGACUUAAGCGAUCGCGGUCACCGAGUUGGCUUAGUUCCUUGAUUGGUGGCCUAUUCCUGGAGUAUAAUACAAUACCACUCGUUCAGAACAUUCAAUGUGAUGCAAUUUCCUGUAAAGCGAAAUCACCAUCAUCCUUACGGCUCUAUUAUACUUUUCCCCUGUGGCUUUUAGCACGUUCAAUCGAGAUCGCUGUCUCUUGGACUAGCCUUACUGGAUCUGGCUCAUCGCUUCAUCUUCGGGUUCCUAGGGUCCUUGGACGACAUAGAGUUUGGCGAGCUAUACAGUUCGGCGACAUGCGCUGGAUUCGAGCUCAUAUGGCGAAGAAAGAUAUAUUUUGUACGGAUGUUAAUGAACGGGGAGGGACGCUUGCUAUAGUUGCAAUUCAAUAUUGUCGUCUUGAAAUGGCCAAGUUCUUCAUCCAACAAGGUUGUGACCUUCAUUCAAAAGAUGUGUUCAGUCGCACAGUGUCAUCGAUAGCUAAGGAAAUAAUGCUAUGGAAGAGCACUCGCAAGCAACGGAAACAUGAGCGUAUAUUGGAAGAAUUUUUAUCGCCGUUGGGGUUGAAUACACACGAGUAUCAAGCUAUUUUGCAAGGGAGGGUUGAUACUCUUCUUUCAUCAGGACUAGCUGGUUUGAACCGCCUUGGCGAUUGCGGAUACGCGCCCUUGCACUGGGCGAUAUACAGGAAUGAUAAUAAUGCAGUGCAGGCAUUACUAGCAGCUGGAGCGGAGCCAAAUCUUUUGACUGCGGCCCAUUUUACGCCGCUUGCUAUGGCUGCGUGGAUGGAUUGCGUUGAUAUCGCCGAAUUGCUUCUAAACAGUGGAGCAGAUGUUAAUCUAGCCAGUCCGAAUGAUGGGACAACGGCGAUUUAUAGGGCAUUUGGAAAACCGCAAAUUCUGCGGUUGCUAUCGGAUCACGGGGGGCACAUCAAUUGUUUCACACACUUUGGCUUGGAAUCCCCACUCGAUUGGGCGUCAAAGCACUAUUAUGACUGGACUUUUGACAAGAUGACUCAAAGUUCAUGGGCAGAGUCUUUGCCUUGUCUUAUCAGUAUCGGUCUUGAUAUCAAUAACCAAGAGAACCCCAAUAGAACAACUCCUAUCAUGAUGGCGCUUGGGAACCGGAAUACUAUCCUUCUCGACUUGCUUAUCGACGCAGGUGCCCGACUAGAUGUUCUUGACGUCGAUCAGUCUAGUAUAUUACAUUAUACGUCGAUAUCACCAAAACUUGAGUCUAUCGAGGUUCUCCGCCGCGCUAUGAUCAGCUGUAUAGACCCUGAUAUGCCCAACAUGUUUGAAAUUACUCCUAUGCUAUCAAUUACGCAGCGGAUGUAUAUGCCCGAUGACGAGCUUGACCCUGGGGAGCGUCGUGUUACUACCGAUGAGUUUUGGGCGUUUAAACAGCUUAUCGAUGAAAUCCGUGAGCGGUAUGCAGAGAAGAGGCGUUUGGACUUGAAAGAAAUCAAGCAGAACGAGCGAAUUCUCGAAGGCGAUACCAAAUCAGACGGCACUUCGAAGAGUGACACCCCUGUUAGCAUCAACAGCGUCGAUGCGUGCUGGGGCGGUAGUCAGGCCUCUUCGCUAGGGAGUAGAGAAGGGGGCGUGAUCCGCGCUAGAUCUGAUUGCAGUGGAUGCGAGGAGUUUUUUGACUCCUAAAGCCACCGCAACGAUGAAGUUUCGUCUGUUUGCUUAAGGUAAGAACGGAAAAAAAUGGCUUCAUGGCAAGCAGAAAGCAUCAAGGUCAACGAUGUCGCUCGAGAUUAGCGACAUAUAAAAAUUUAAAGAGGCAACGAAGAAUGCUACCCCUGCAAAGACUAUUCCUCAUGGAAUUAGGUCGUUUUCAAGAGAAGAGAGUUUGGGCGUGAGUAUACAGAGGCAAUUCAACGGCUCUGGUAUCCAAUUGUCCAUGCUAUGACCCUUUCCUUCUUUAAGAUUUCCUAAAUGGUUCACAGCUCUGUCAUCUGAGUGAUUUUCUAAAUCUAUUUCACUUUAAGUCUGGUGGUCAGGUAUUCCAAAAGGUAUUAGAUUUAUAUUCCGUUAUUCCGGGUAUCUUUCGUGAUAAUAAUAUACGCUCAUUUCCAUAAGCGCCAGUGCUGAA